AUGGGGAGCUCAAAGAUAGCGAGUGUGGCCUUGUUGGUGAUGCUCUGCGUGGGCAUGUCCUCUGCCACUAGAGUUCUCACGGCAUAUGCCGGUGGAGGCGGUGGCGGUGAAGAUGGCGGAGGAGGUGGUGGCGCCGGUAACGGUGCCGGAGCCGGUUACGGGUCGGGCUACGGUGAGGGCGGCGGGGGAGCGUACGGGGGUGGAUACGGUAAGGGUGGUGGCGGCGGCGGUGGAGGGGGACAAGGGGGUGGCAGUGGAUAUGGCCAGGGAUCCGGGAGUGGGUACGGCUCCGGAUCAGGGUACGGAGGUGGCGGCGCGAACGGUGGAGGUUACGGCAGCGGCGGCGGGGGCGGUGGGGGCGGUGGAGGUGGAGGAGGUAGCGGUGGGGGGACGGGAUAUGGGUCAGGAAGCGGGUCCGGGUACGGUUCUGGAGGCGCCAGCGGCGGUGGCUACGGCAAAGGCGGAGGUGGCGGGGGUGGUGGAGGCGGCGGCGGCGGAUCUGGAUCUGGGCCAGGCACUGGCUCCGGCCAUGGUUCGGGGUCCGGCUUCAGCGGCGGGUUUGUUCACCCCUGA